AUUCCGUCUGUGUCGAGGUUUGCGAUCAAUUGCAGAGUGAAAACCUAUCGUUCCAGUAUGAAAACCACUGUAUUGGCAUCCGCUCUGCUCUUUGCAUCGUUCUGCUCGGCAGAAUAUUUUGGUAACAAUCCUUACAUCGAACAAAGUUGGCAGAAACCAAUUUACGUUGGUGCUCCACGAACCCCUUCCACGUUCAGCAGCGUUCCGGAAAUCGAUGCUGCCAGAGCCGUCCAUCUGGCGACCCAUUCCGCCACCAUAACCGGUCAAGUGCUGCCGGCACCGCAUGCGCACAACUCCUGGCAUGGUCCCGUCCACAUCCCGGUGAUCCACAAGGGAGUUCCGCUGGAGACACCCGAGGUACAGCACGCCAAGGCGGCCCACGUUGCAGCCUACGCUGAGACGCUGAAACAUCACGCCUCGUCAUCUUCCCAGGGGGCCUGGCAGGAACCCCACCACCAUCACCACGCUCAUCACUCGGCCAGGGUGAACCACGAUCAUGAGCUGCACCAUGCACACAACCCCCACCCGCAACCGUACGGAAGCGGUUGGCACGGACCACAGCACAUUCCGGUGAUCAAAAAUGGGGUUCCGGUGGAUACGCCGGAAGUGCGGGAGGCGAAAGCCGCUCAUCUUGAUGCGCUGGUGAGCGCAUUUGCGCACUCUGGCCCUCCGGGCCAGCAGGAUGAUGGCUUCUAUCGGUCCAACUGGGAUCAUUCCUAUUAUUGA